AUGGCGCCACAAGAAGAAAGUCACAAGUUUCCUAUCACCUGCCACCUUGAUCAUUCAAGACAAUACACCUUGUCACGGUUGAGUAAAAACAACAUACCUUUAUUUUAUCCAACCCAGGUUAUCUGUACAACUAGUUUCACUGUACUAAUCAUCCUAAAACCAAUUUGGAAGACAUGUUUAUCUGACCACAUUUCAGCAUGUGACAGAGGGUCUCCAACCUUAGAGGUCACCUUGUUGUUCCAAAUAUUAACACCUUUUUGUAGAGUGUAUCAGUUCAGUGAUGAUGAAGACGAUACGAAGAGAGUUGUUUGCAGUGCCAAAGAUAAAAGGUUUGAUAUUCUACAGACAACUAUAAAAUAUAUGCGAAAUAGUAUGAAGAUUAAUGAUAUUGCCAAAAUACAAACAGAAUACGAAAACUUAACAAAGGAAUAUGAUAAAUCAAAAAAUGUUGUUGAGAGGGAAGGUAUUCCAAACUUUUAUGUGAAAUGUUUGGCUGAUUUGGAAGAUUAUUUACAGCAGCAAUGGGAAGAUACGAAAGGCAGGAAGAAACUUCAUAAACUUAAUGCCAAGGCAUUGGCAAGUCUUCGACAAAAACUGAAAAAAUAUAAUCGCAAUUUUGAAGCAAAAAUAGAAGAGUAUAGAGCAGAUCCUGACAAAUUUGAAGAAGAUGAAGUAGAGGAAGAAGAAGCUGAUAAAACUGUCUCAGGUUUGUGUAAACGUUUCUGCUGUCAUUUUUAAAAGCAUGUCAAUACAUUCCAAACCAUUUUGUAGAAUUGUGACUUAAUGGUCUAUAGAUGUGCAAUAUU